GCAGAUACCCAGAUCUGAAAAUUUUCGGAAGGCGUCUUGAUAAACGUCGUUUCCUGUUCCAUUCUCCUUCUACACUUUCUCUUUUUGAAUUUCUUUAAAAAAGACAACUGUGAAAAUGAGAGAGUGCAUUUCAAUCCACAUUGGCCAGGCCGGUAUUCAGGUCGGAAAUGCAUGCUGGGAACUUUACUGCCUCGAACAUGGCAUUCAGCCUGAUGGCCAGAUGCCGGGUGACAAGACUAUUGGAGGUGGUGAUGAUGCAUUCAACACCUUCUUCAGUGAAACUGGAGCUGGAAAGCAUGUUCCACGUGCUGUUUUUGUAGAUCUUGAGCCUACUGUCAUUGAUGAAGUCAGGACGGGAACAUACAGACAGCUCUUUCACCCCGAGCAGCUCAUCAGUGGCAAAGAGGAUGCAGCCAACAACUUUGCCCGUGGCCACUACACAAUUGGGAAAGAAAUAGUUGAUCUUUGUUUGGAUCGCAUUAGGAAGCUUGCAGACAACUGUACUGGCCUUCAAGGUUUUCUGGUUUUCAAUGCUGUCGGUGGUGGCACUGGUUCUGGCCUUGGAUCACUUCUACUGGAACGUCUCUCAGUUGACUAUGGCAAGAAAUCAAAACUUGGAUUCACAAUUUAUCCCUCACCACAGGUCUCAACAUCUGUUGUGGAGCCUUACAACAGUGUGCUUUCAACUCACUCGCUGCUUGAGCAUACGGAUGUUGCAAUCCUUCUUGACAAUGAGGCCAUUUAUGACAUUUGCAGGCGCUCACUGGACAUUGAGCGCCCCACUUACACCAACCUUAACCGCCUUAUUUCACAGGUCAUUUCUUCUCUGACUGCUUCUUUGAGGUUCGAUGGAGCCUUGAACGUUGAUGUGAAUGAAUUCCAGACCAAUCUUGUACCCUAUCCCAGAAUCCACUUUAUGCUUUCCUCCUAUGCUCCAGUCAUUUCAGCUGAGAAGGCUUACCAUGAGCAGCUCUCAGUUGCGGAGAUCACAAACAGUGCCUUUGAACCCUCUUCUAUGAUGGUUAAGUGUGACCCUCGCCACGGCAAGUACAUGGCUUGCUGCCUGAUGUUCCGUGGUGAUGUUGUGCCAAAGGAUGUCAACGCUGCUGUGGCCACCAUCAAGACCAAGCGCACUAUCCAAUUUGUUGACUGGUGCCCAACUGGAUUCAAGUGUGGUAUCAACUACCAACCACCAACUGUUGUCCCUGGAGGUGACCUUGCCAAGGUGCAAAGAGCUGUGUGCAUGAUCUCUAACUCAACCAGUGUUGCUGAGGUCUUCUCGCGCAUUGAUCACAAGUUUGAUCUGAUGUACGCCAAGCGUGCUUUUGUGCACUGGUAUGUGGGUGAGGGUAUGGAGGAAGGUGAGUUCAGUGAAGCACGUGAGGACCUUGCUGCUCUGGAAAAGGAUUAUGAGGAGGUUGGUGCUGAAGUUGACGAUGAAGAAGGGGGUGAUGAAGGAGAUGAGUACUGAGUGACUAUUCUGGUCUAAUGUGUUUGUUUUUGUGUUGUUUGGUUGAUGGUUGAUGGUUUUCUAUUGCGCUCCUAGCAAUUAGUAUUUCCUAUUGUGUCUUCUAAACUGUAGUAUGCUGUUGUUGAAGUCAAAAUAUGUUCGUUUGACUGGUUACUUUACAUUUCGUGCAUGGUCUAUAUGAUUUCCUAUGGCUGCUUUUGUGAUUCC